AAGGUGAACUAAGCAAAAUCACAGGAAUCAAUCACCCUCCUUGGAGAUGCAUGCCACCUGCCUCUCCCCUAUCAGGCCCAAGGCGCAGCAAGAUUCUAGAUCUCCUUGGUCUUUACGAGCUCUUGCACAAGAAAGGACCCACUAUUGAUAUUCAGGAUGCGAUGGGGAAUCGCGUGCUUAUUAACAUGGCAGAUGGCCCUGAGGCUGGUGCCCGGAAUUCAUGAAGCAUUUGCAAGGCAUGAUUGGGAUGACGACGAUAUUGAAUUUCCUUAUAAUUUUGGUAAUAUAUGUAUCAGAUGCAACUUAUGGCACCUGACACGACGAUGAAGAUGCGGCGUUUUGAAGAAUGGCCGGACUGAGAGAGACCAUUCCGCAACUCCAUCCACGAAAAUAUACGAAUCAUCACGAAGGUGAGAAAUUCAAUGGCU